UCCUCCUGGUCCUCUUCGUCUCACUCGUCUUCCUCCUCMGUCUCUGCAGGACUCAUCCAGUCUGCUGAAGUUGGUGAAGCUUCAACAAUGGCUGCAAYGGGAACUUUCCGUCUGGUUUCAGAGGAAGAGCAGGCGAUGAGGUCGAAGCUGGAGCACCUGACAGUGAAGGAUCACGGGCCGGUGUUUGGCCCGUGCCACAAACUGCCCGGCCACACUGCGCAGAAGGCGAAGGACGAGCUGAAUGAGACGGACGAACGGCGGGCGUCGUCGCUGAAGGACCUUCGGGCCACGAUGAAGGAGAGGGCAGCAGAGGGAGACGAUUUGGCCAAACUGGUGCAGCAGCGCUUCGGGGACAGACCGGACUCUCUGCUCCUGCGUUUCCUCAGAGCUCGCAAAUUUGAAGUGGUCAGAGCUCACGAGCUCAUGAAAGGUUAUGUGCGCUUCAGGAGGGAGUACCCUGAGCUGUUUGAGAACCUGACCCCCGAGGCCGUCCGCAGCACCAUCGAGGCGGGGUACCCUGUAGUCCUGCCGACCAGGGACAGGUUUGGGCGUGUGGUCCUGCUCUUCAACAUCAACAACUGGGACCUGGAGGAGAUCACGUUUGAUGAGGUCCUAAGAGCGUACUGUGUGAUCCUGGAGAAGCUGCUUGAAAGCGAGGAGACUCAGAUCAAUGGUUUUGUCCUGAUUGAGAAUUUUAAAGGCUUCACCAUGCAGCAYGCUUCAGGAAUAAAGACAGCUGAGCUCAAAAAGAUGGUGGACAUGCUGCAGGAUUCUUUUCCUGCUCGUUUCAAAGCAGUUCAUGUUAUUCACCAGCCCUGGUACUUCACCACCACCUACAACGUGGUCAAACCCUUCAUGAAGGCCAAACUACUGGAGAGAGUCUUUGUACACGGGGAUGAGCUGGAAAGCUACUUCAAGGAGUUUGAUGUGGACAUCCUGCCGUCAGACUUUGAUGGUAAAGCUCCGGUAGCUGACUAUCAAGCCAUCGCCACCCAGCUUUUUGGCUCUGAAGAUACUGCUCUCUGAACAAAAAAAAAAAAAAGAAAAGAAAAGAAAAACGCUGUUUUAUUUUCAAUCCUGGAGGAGCAGCCUCAUCCCGAGACGCUUUGCGGUCAGAUUAAAUGUGUGGACUACCUUGAAGGCUAGGUUUCUAUUCAAUUUUAUUUUUAUGCAGACAUUUUAGAGCAAAGAAGUUUACGAUGAAUAUGAUAGAAAUGUGUAUGAAUAAUGAAAUGGAAACAAACAAAAAUGUGUUUAUUUGUCACGUGAGAACAGUUGAGAGUUAACAGUUGUUACUAAUGUUGUCUGUCUGUGUGUGAGUGGAGGAAGAACAAGAAAGUUGCUGAUGUGAGAAUCUGAACAAAAACCACAAUAACUUCAGKUUUUUUUKKUUSWUUUUUUGCCUUAAAAAYUUAUAGGAACAGUCAUGCAAUCUGUAAUGUGAAACAGGGGAAUGCAGAAGUUGCUGUGUUGCAGGUUUUUCUCCUGUUUUUCUGUCUUAAGGUAGAAUUUUUAAACAGAACUGGGUGUAAACCUGCCUCCUGUGUUUGGAGCAGGAGCCUUUUAAAGUGAAAUGUUUCUGUUCCUCAGAUGGCUUUUUUCAAACCUAUCAUGUGAGAUUUGACACCGAGGAUGCCUUGUGUGCCAUAAACAUCUGUUCUGCCUGUUUGCACUGGUUAGAAGCAUUUUUGUUCUUGUUGUGUCUUCAAUUCUACAUGAAUUGUUGCCCUCAUUGUUUGUCUUUUAACCUGAAAGUAGCCAUUAAACCAGACUUUACAUCAU